AUGCUCCCAUUCAUUGCUCUUUCCGCGCCAAAACCUCCCAUUCCGCGAGGUGCUCCUGGCACGUCCAAAGUACUUUACGGAGUACAAUUGGCAAGAAGGAACGUCAAUCACUCAGCCGUUUCGUUCUUUCCUCUUUUCCUUCAUUCCACCCGUGAUUACAGGUAUUCAUCUUUCGCCAUUUUUGCUCUUUUCCCCCUCACCAUUCUCCUGCAGUCCUCCUCCUUUCCGACUACAUACAUCCUCUUUCCCCCACAACCCACCUGGCAGGCAGUCAUCCGGUCGGAUAUCGCGACUCAGAAGCGGUCCAUACCUGUCACGACGAUCCGCCGGGGAUUAUUUCGCACUCGACCUGAUUCAGUCCAGAAGCAGCAACAGACAGGAGUCCCCCAAGUCGGCCCCCCUUGA